AUAGGAGGAUGGAAGGGGUGAGAAUUUUGGCUAAUGGUGGGGCCCUAGUUUAAGGGCAAGAUCCAUUGGUGACAGUCCUAUGAACAGGCACUGCCCUUAUCCUAUUAACUUCUCCUGACAGGUAUUUACUGCCUCCAUGCUCAGUGCUUGGCCCAGGAGUAGGAGGAGGAGGGUUGCCUGUUCCAGUCCUCCAUCCCCAACCAGCUCUGAGGAUGAGCAGCCUUUGAGCUCCUCUACUUACUCCUUGCUCUCCCCCACUUACCAUCAGAGCUUUCGGAGCUGCAGUGUGGAGGAAGAUGAUAGGGAGGAAACAGCACUAUCAGCUAGGGAGCAAAGAACCUUCAAGAGGAAUAAACACAAUAGUAAUGCUGAAAGCUGUAAUGUAACAGAAAAGAAAAAGCAGUCACCUCUGGCAGAUAAUCUUUCACCAUGGGAAGAAUGGUUCAUUUGCAAAGAGAGAGAGCUACGUGUCCGCCUACAAGCCAGAGCUUUAGAGGAAAUGAAUUUACAACUGGAGAAAAGAAAAGAAAAGCAGGAACUUGAAAGGAAAAAAAAGAUUGCUGAAGAGAAGCACAAGGAAUGGGUUCAGAAAAAGAAUGAAGAGGAAAGAAGGGAAAAGGAACGAAAGCUCAUCAAAAAAAUGGCAGAAAAAGCAGCGAGAGAUCUAGAGAGAAUCCAGUUGCAGGAAAAAGCUAAAGGAAAGUAUAAAGAAUGGCUAAAGAAGAAAAGGGCUGAAGAGUCCGAGAAGAAGAAGAAAGAGGAGGAAAAGGAACAAAAAAGGGUAGCUGAAUUACAGGAGAAGAAAGAGAAAUCAGAGAAGAUCUUUAGAGAGUGGCUGCAGAAUGCUAGAAAUAAGCCCCGUCCAGUUUUACAUGGUUAUGGCUAUACCAAUGGGAAACUUUCAGGAUAUCCUGAAAGAAAUUCAUAUCCAGCUCCAGCCUAUUGUAACCCUAUUCCCUGGAAACCAAUUCAUGUGCCACCUCCUAAGGAAGACAAGAAUGUUACAGUGAAAAAAAAUAAGAGACCUAUAUCCAGUCAGUCAUACAGGUCCUCAUCUAUGGUAAUCCAUAAACCCAAGAACAAUCUUUGUAUUGGAUCAUUGCACAGAAAACAAAGAUAACGUUUUUAUUAGCUUGAUUUAACUAGGUUUUAAAGUACAAAAGUUAUUUCUUGGUUAAGUGUUUCUUUAAAUGUUAAAAAAAUAGUGUUGAGAGACAAAAUUUUAUCAUCUUUUAACGGUUGUGAUUGUUUAAUGUUAGCUAAGGAAUAUCUUUUCCAAAGACUUUUUAACUCAGUUAUUUUAACACUUAGAAAAUUAUCUUUUUUAAAUAUGUGAACCAGUUUUUUUAGUCCCUUAAGUGACCUUUAUGUUUGUUUAAAAUUUUUUUAUAUGUAAUCAGUUAUAUUGCAACCACUUCUUCUUGAUAUCAAUAAAACAUUAGUGAUUAA